AUGGCACAAUAUGCACAGGCCGAGUACUGGGAGAAACGAUACGGAGAAGACAAGGAGGCGUUUGAGUGGUACGGCGGAUACGAGGCUGUAGCACGGGUCUUCCUCGCCCAGGUGGUGCCCUCGACGCGGGUGCUCGACGUCGGCUGCGGUACUUCACAGGUUCUGGUCGAGCUGGCAAAGGCUGGCUACUCGCAUCUGGUUGGCAUCGAUGCCGCAGAGUCGGCCAUCUCGGCUGCCAAGGCCCUUGCCGGCGAUCUGCCUCAGAUGUCGUUCCAGACCGCCGAUGCGUCGGCCCUUCCCUUUGACGAUGGCUUCUUUGGCGCUGUUCUCGACAAGGGCACGCUGGAUACGACGCUCGCCGGGCCCAAUGCCACUGCCCGUGCACGUGCUAUGGUCGCCGAGGCCAGGCGUGUGCUCAAAGACGGCGGCAUCUACAUCGUCGUCUCCAUGGCACCCGAAACCGUCCGCCUCCCGCUGUUUAACGAGUUCAAGUGGCGCGUCUCGCUCAAGAACGUCCCCAAGGUCGGCGCCACCUCACCGCUGGCAAAGUACACCAUCCGCCGCUACUCCUCCAACGCCGCCGACCCGUUCAGCUUUGCCGACUCGAUUGGCUCGAUCUCUGAUCGCGCCCCGUCUGUCACCUCGCUCUCCGAGUUUGCCGACUCUUCGGGCUCUGGUCGGCGCAUCUCUGGCGCCUCCUCCUCGCACCAUCUUCGCCACGUCAACGUCUGCUCGUCGUCGUCAUCGACGUCGUCACCAUCGUCGUCGUCGUCCGCCUCGGACUCGUCGGCCGAGUCGGACGCGUCGUGA